UGCAACGAGAAACCCCUUCAACAGGUAAGAAGAGAUCUCGUGAGCAAGGGAAGUACUCAAGAAGGAUCCUCCUCGGAGAAAGACUCUUAUCUCUCGUAAUGUUAGAUAUCCUAUGGUAUACUAGAUGUAGCUGACUACAAUCACCUCCCCUUGCCAGAGAGGCCAAAGCUCAAAGUGGAAGAAUUUCUUCCACCCUUCUCCAGUCUCGUGAUUUACUAUUGUGGAUGUUCAGGACUUUCAGACAAUGUAGCGCCAACCAGGAGCCAUAUGCCAAAACAGGCGUAAAAAAUGCCAGAGGCAGACAGCCCCAAGAACACUGUCAUUGUCUGAUGAGGAGAAAGACCGGGCCUACAACCUGGCACAGAUGCGCUAGAGGCGAACAUAUCGGACAGAUAAGAGUGUCCGAUGUGGACAUUGCCAGACAUCCUCGAGAGACUACCAAGCUCGAAGCUCCGGCAAGUGGGGAGGAGCCAACCAGGCGCGAGGCGCCAGCCAGACGCGAGGCGCCAGGCAGGCGCGAAUCUCCAGCUAAGGCGCGAGGCGUCAACCAGCUGCGAGGCGCCAGUCAAGCGAAAGGUACCAGACAAGCGCUAGGCUCCAACCAAGAGCAAAGCACCAGCCAGGCGCGAGGUUCCUGCCAGGCUUCAGGCUUCAGACGGGAGAGAUCCUUUUCAAGAAAGCCCUGGUCUUCUUUGAAACAUGGAGAUCUCCUAAGCACUUCAUAAGUGACUUGAUUCCUUCAAACAGCUGAGAAUUAAAAGCGCAGGAAGUGCACGCUUUUGCAAAUUCUUGUUCUUUACAUAACAAUAUGUCAUAUAAGACAUAUUAGCUGUGUUGUACGGUAGAGGCAACUCUGUGUUGACUUCUCAUUACACAAAGGAUGUCAAGUUAACCUACGAGAGAUCCUUCUCUUUUGGUUUAUACGUUUCUGCGGAUACGUUACUGGGAUAAGGAGCCGACACUGAUCCUUAACUUUGAGUUAAAGUUAUUUAACUUAGUGAAAUUAUUGGGGUUUUUGAAAGGAGUGUGGGGAUAACUCUUUUCAAUUUGAGUGCGAACCCUCGUGUUAGGAUCAGGUGAUCGGGAUCGGUGUUGCGCUCCUUAGUUAUGCCAAUAGGCAUAGGUGUAUUGUCAUAUAAGUGGAUUAGCACCCAUUGACAAGUACCUUUUAGGCUCUGCCGAGUAAGUGGAUAAGACCCCAUCGGCAGACCCACAAGAACUCUUGGCCACAGAUCACAUAUUGUUUAAGAUUUUAUAGAAAAUUUAUUUAUUAUUUGCAUAUUAAAGUAGUCCUUUAAACCCCCGUGCCAUACUAAACAAAUUCUAAAAGGAACAUGGGAGUUUAAAGGAUUGCGCAACACCUAGAUGGCUCUGCUGGCUCUUUUACCUGUUUCAGUUCGUCCUCCUCAUCCUUGAUUUUUUAUGGAAGGAUGACGGCCUUUGCAUUUCGCGAUUCUUGGAGGAGGAAAAAAUGUCUACCUCGACCCGCAACGAAGCAGAAAAAGCAGUUCAAGCUCAGGUUCCAACUUGGAACCACUGGAUAACAUUUGAAGAUAACUGGUGAACUCUACUCCCUCGCAAGAGAAUACAUUAUAUAUUGAAGAAUCCUCUACAUUAACUAUGUAACGUUUCUUGCCGACCCACCUGUCUCUGCCUCUUCCGUCGUCGUCUUUGAAGCCAACGUCAUCAACACUUCUAUGGAGUCAAUGGUUGAACCUUUCCUGCCCAAAUCCAUAGGUUUUCAAAAAUUUCCAUGAGUGAAGGUCUUUCCACCACAAGCAAUAGUUUUCUAUUUAUGAUUAGCGAUUGGGAACAGGAUUUCAGCCAUCGGAGUUGUAUCUAUGCCAUUUCGUAAUCUUAACUUUCAUACGAAUAAAUAAUUUUAAAGAAUUUGUGUUUUUAUUUAACUGUGAAAGAAAGCAUUCAAGGUUACGAGCAACUCUUGUGUAAAGCUCUUGGUUUUUCUAUAAAGUUUUUGAAAUGGCGCCCGAACAGGGACUCUGAAGGCUUUAGUCUCCAUAUAGGCGAUGAUAGGGUGGCAUUGCAGGUUGGGUUUUGUGUAUUAAGAGUUUGUCUGAGUUAACGUUGGGGAUAAUUUGAAUUUAUUUAAUUAUUUUUCUGCAAGAAAACAUUUAAUAAUGGAAGAGGAACUAAGGUAUUUAGUAAUGUGCAGGAAGACUGUAAGGUCUCAGGUUACUAAAAUAUUCAAAACUUCAGGUACUUUUAGAAGUUUGAGUGAUGUCGAUAGGUCAACGCUAACUAAUAGGUUGAAAUGUUAUAAGGAAGACUUGCGAAAUUAUGAUAGCAAGAUUUCUUCAAUCAAAUGGUCCUCAUCCAAGGACGAAGCAGAAUUUGAGGCUGAAUUUAGUUCUUGCCAGGAAUAUUUGGACAAAGGUAUUUCAUUGAUAAUUCAGUUAGAAAAUAUACUUCCUUUGUCACCAGCUGAAAUGCAUGAAACCCCCCGUAGCCUCCUUAAGAGUCCAGUAGCUCCUUUGCCUAAAUUUGCUAGCAGUGAUGGCGAAAAUAUAGAAUUGUUUUUCAGACAGUUUGAAGAAACUACAAGUAAAUUUUCGUAUACUGAUUAUGAUAAACUACUUUUGCUAAAGCAGCAAAUUUCUGGUAAGGCUGCUGUUUUAAUAGAAUCAUUAGAGGCAGAUAGGCAAGGUUAUUCACAUGCAAAAGCACUCCUGCAAGCAGCUUUUGCUUCUAUUCCAGUUCAAAAAUUUAAUGUACUGAAACAGUUGGUAAAUAUGAAGUUAGAUGAAAAUUCUGAACCAUUUGAAUACGUUAGUAAUAUUAGGAAAAUACAAGAGGCCGUGAAGACUUUGAACAUUAGUGUUGAUGAUGUUUUACAAUACUUUUUCCUUAAAGGAAUGAAUGAUACUUUUAAGAACAUUAUGAUUCAAGUAGCGGGAAACUCAAAACCUACAACUGUACAAAUUGUGGAAAAUUUCUUUGAAUGUAAUGAACGUUAUUUGAAUGUUUGUUCCGCUAUUAAGCCUAUGGAAGAAGCUUCAGUAGCAAAGAAUAGGUUAAAUCCCAAAAGCUCCAAUUUAGCUAUUAAGGUGGAUGUUGAAAACGUUAAUCCCUUUAUUUCAUGUACUCUUUGUCAAAAUGCAAUUUCUUCUAAGCACCCCAUUAAUAAAUGCACUAGGUAUAUCACCCCAAAAGAAAAAGUAGAUAAAUUAAAAGCUCUUAAUGCUUGCAUUAAAUGUGCAAAUCUAGGACAUUGGGAAAAUUUUUGUAAGUUUAAAUUUAAAAGGAAAUGUAGUAAAUGUUAUGGCUGGCAUUUUUCAUUUCUAUGUUCUUGUGAUUCUGUUAAUCCUUCAGUGAAAGAGACUGUAUCCAAUCCCAUUGAUACCAAACCUAAGCAGAAGCAGCAUAGGGAUACAACAACAAAGAAAACUACUCAAAGUAAUGUAAUUUCUCCAGGUGCCUCACUCCAAAGUAAUGGUGGUAUAGACUCUUUGUUGCCUACCUUUUCAUGUCUCAUUGGAAAUACGAAGGUAAGAGGGUUAAUGGACUCUGGUAGUCAAGCCAACUUUAUAUCGGAAAGGGCUCUGGAGGGACAGCUUUACAGAAUUGUUAAGGAUAAACUGCAGGUUACUGUUAAUGGAUUUAAUGGCCCAAGGAAGUAUAAUUCUAAAUUAGUAGAAGUUAAGAUAAAGUUUGGACACGACACAUAUGACAUAGAAGCUAUUUGUGUUCCCGAAAUUAACUUGAAUUUGAAAUUACCUUAAGUUUAAUUGUACAGUCCUUUACAGAAAGAGGGUAUGAACUUUUUGAUAAUUUUCUAAGGACGGGUAGUGACUCUAUUUCUAACAUAGAUUUUAUUCUUGGUUCCAAUUCCUUAUAUUGCAUUAUGAUAAACUCUGUUGUAUAUGGUAGAGAUACUCCUUCCAUGUAUUAUGAAACAAAAUAUGGAGUUUUAUUAACAGGAAACUUAAAGUGUGUGCUUGCUAAUCUAAAGUAUUUAUCUAAUUCCAUAGUAGCUUCGCAUUUGUCACUUCCUCAGGAACAAAUUAAUGAAGAAAGUUUUAAUGUAUUGGAAAGUCUUUUUCCCAUGACUUCUUUCUUUAGGUCUAAUGUAAUAACCUUUGAAAACCUUAAAGAGGAAAACUUUAAAAUUUUUGACCAAAUUGGUGUAGUUAAUGAUAAGGAAUUAGAAAGAGCUGCUUCUCAAAUACUUGAACAAGAUUCUUAUCAUUUUCAUGAAAGUGUAGUACUAGAUGAGGAAACUACUGAAGUAAAUCGGAAGUUAGUGAAGUUUUUACUUAGGAACACUCGUAGGAAUGAAGAUGGUAGAUUAGUAAUGCCAUUGUUAUGGAAUGGUAGAGUUUCGCAUUUAUUAGGAAAAAAUGUUAACUUGUCUAAGAAAAUAUUGGAAGCUACACACAAGAAACUGUCCAAAC